CUAGGCACCGUGCACUAGUCUGGUUUGCUGCAGUGUACUGAAUGGCAUGCUUAGAGAGAGGUGUUUCAAUUUAGUGCGAUUUGAACCGACCUGUGAUCGUCUUUCAUUUCAAUCUGCUUGGCUUAGCUUAGCUGGCGAGAGAGCUAUGUCUGACUUAGCUGCAGCGAUCCGCCAACGUGCAAAUAGUCUAUGUACCGCCCCAGUCAGUUGUGAGAAGCCUGUUGGUGAGAGUCAGACGGUCACCAACCUUUCAUCGCCUAGAGUCGACAACAGGACGUGUGACUGUCCAGAAAGAAGAGUGCUUGGCCGCACGAGUCAGCAAAUGGAACAGGAGUUCCAGCAGUGCGGGAAACUUACCACCUCUGAGCCUCAGGACUGUAGUAGGACUUCUACUCACGAAGAGAACGAAGUUUCAUAUCACGACAUCUACUUGUCCACUGAAGCCAACCCUGUCUGCAAACUGAGCAAGGAUAAUGAUUGCUACAAGCUGACGUCAACCAAAAGCUGGCCUAGCUAUGACAAUGGCCACAUUCCGAAUCACUCUGAUAUCUGUGCUUCACUAGAGCAGGCCUUGAUAUCAUCUUCUAAUUCCUCUCAAGAUUCAUCAGUUUUAACAGAGCCGCCAUCUUCCUCAUCCUCAGUGUCCUCAUCGUUAGCGUGUGGCAAGCUAGAGCCGCAUGCACAUCAAGGAUCUCAAGUUACAUGUACUACACGAUCACUUCCCCGAGAAGGUAUUAGCACCAGCACUGUGACUGCUCCUGGCACUGUGACUGCUCCUGGCACUGCUGCUGGUACUGCUACUGGUACUGCUGGUACUGCUACAGAUACUGGUGCUGGCACUGGUGCUGGCACUGCUGCUGGUGCUGCUUCUGGUACUGCUGUUGGUGCUCCUGGUUCAAAUACUUCUGCUACUGCCGGUGUUGCAAAUAGCAGUGGUAGAAUGGGUGGAAACAAGGAGAAGACGAACAACGGUCGGAGAGGAGGUACACCAUCCGAAUGGCAGUCAGACGGACCGAGUCAGAAACAUCAUCACAAGUCCUCAACACCAACCACCGCAACCUCCUCUGUUCAAGCUGAUGCAGGAGGCGCUGUUAUCAGCGAACUGCAUCAUGCAAUGCACGGACCGUUCUAUCCACCACCCGUUCUGUCCAAGAUGAAGGCAACACAGCAAGCAACAUCUAGUGGCAGCAGUAUUGUGGGGUCCAAAGCGUCCAAAGUAUCAGCAGCCGCGCUAGCACACCAGCAUGGAAGACUGAUGGCCGACAGACGCUUUGCACGCAGGAGCUCCUCUGAAUAUCGCUCGUAUCCUGAGUCAGACUUUUCAGUGGAAAGUGAUCGCGGCAGCAAAGCAGCGUGCAUUCGUCCUAAAGCGACCUCCUCAUCUUCAUCAACAACAGCAUCAUCGAGACACUCUUCAUCUGAAAACACAAUGUCACUUCUACAAACGCUAGGCACCACGUCAGCAGGAUGUUUCCUUCACAUUGUGACCAUAGUCAUUUCCAUAAUAGCCUUGCUUGUGGCUGCCCUAACAGCGUCCAAGAACAACACUCCACCUCUAAUGUCCGACCCUGAAGGUGCUCUACAAGCUGGACUGCUGACUACUGCCCCACCACUAUCCCAACGCGUUGCAACAUUAGAAAGUCAAGUGCAGCAGCUGCAGCAGCCAUCAGCACCUGGUCAACCGGGGGCCAACUCUGACUUUCAACGAAGAUUACAAACAUUGGAGAUGAAACUGGCUGGAAAGCAGCCACAACAAGGUCAACAGGAUCAACCACUCUCUGGACCUGGAUCAACGUUCAUUCGAUGGGGGCGUCGAUCGUGCACUAGCCAGCCUCCAGGUCCUCCACCCGUUGGGCCAGGAGGAGGGCUAGGCCAGCCGCCACCACAACGCGGCCCCAGCCAACCAGGCAGAGGAACGACAUUGCAGCUGGUGUACGAAGGUGUUGUCGGUGGUGCUAUGCACAACCAACCAGGGAGCGGAUCAAACCUGGUUUGCUUACCUCUCCGACCCAGCUGGGGAAACUUUAGCGAUCUUCAUGAAGGUGGAGGUAGAAUAUCCGGCGCGGAGUAUCGGCUUGGCCACGCUGAAGGUAGCUUUAAUGUCUUUGAGAAUACUCAGCUAUCAGGUCGGCUGAAUUUGCAGAAGGUCCCCUGUGCCAUUUGCCACGUACCGAGAGUCUCCUCAGUGCUAAUGAUUCCUGCAAGUCUGACGUGUCCUAUUGGUUGGAGCCGUCAGUACCAUGGUUACAUGAUGAGCGAGCGGUCCGAACACCAACGCUCAGAAUUCGUCUGUGUUGACCACCAAGCUGAGUCCUCGCCUCAUUACCGUCAAACACUCGGUGUUCAAAGUGAAGGACUGACACUCUAUCCGGUGGAGGCACAUUGCGGUGCACUACCUUGUGGUCCGUAUGUUUCACAUCGAGAGAUGACCUGUGUAGUUUGUGCCAGGUGAACUCAAGCAACUGUUCAAAUCCCCGGAUACCAUUUAGUCACAAGUACAUCGGCAACGGUUGUGUUCAUCCUGCUACAUCUCAGUAUAGUACAGUACUGCUUGAAAACCAUAGCCGUGUGUGUGUGUGUGCGUGUGUGUAAGUGUGUGUGUUUGAUGUUUGGAACCGGCGGCCUUGCUCGUGGACUGGUGCUGCACACUAGUAUCACAUAGCCGUAAUGUACUAUAGCUUCAGCUAAUCCAGCGUGUGUACCUGCAGGACCCGGUGAAAGAAUUGAAUUCGAGAUGAAGGCUGGAGAUAGAUACACAUGCUUUUCAGUGGAGUGUACAUUGUACAUGUAUUGGUGAAUGUGUGCCAGUGACAGUCAUCUCAUUGUACAUACCAGGAUGCUACUUGAUUUUUGAUAAAUAACACACCAUGCUAACUAAUGGCUUCGCGCCGGGACUAACUUAAUAUAUCGUCCUGAAUUUGCAGGCUGAGAAUUACUAUUUUAUUCAUCAGUUGUGACUUUAUUAUUAUUAUUAUUAUUAUUAUUAGACACAAUCUCAUAGCAUGUGACAAGCAUAGCUAAUGCAGGGA